AAAUAAAAAUACCUAGGAACCUGGAUUUCAUCCAAUAAUGAUCAAACAAUCGAAAUAAAAGCUAGGAUAGAAAUAGCAAGAAAUGCGUUUGUAAAAAUGAAAACAAUUCUCUGCAUCAAAGAUCUUAAGUUAGAACUGAGAGUAAGAGUACUGAGAUGCUACGUGUUUUCAAUACUGCAAUAUGGACUUGAAAGCUGGACAUUAAAGCAAAAACACAUAAAUAUGUUACUGUCCUUUGAAAUCAUGAACACAGAAGAAAACUAACACGGAUGUAUUGCGCGAAAUAGGCAAAGAAUGCGAAAUAAUAAACACAAUAAAAAUAAGAAAGUUACAAUAUCUGGGACACGUAUUGAGGGGACAGCGAUAUGAACUGCUAAGGCUGAUAAUAAAGGGAAAG